AUGAAGGACUAUUACCCUGUGUCAAUGCCGCGGUACAGUCGGUAUAGGCAGAGACUGAGAGCCGCACGCACUGUGCACUUCCCCAAUGACAUCGUCUUUCAGGACCACAUCAGGGAGGGGGACCUGGAGCAGGUGGGCAGGUUCAUACGUGCCAGGAAGGUGACACUGGACACGAUCUACCCCUCCGGCAUGGCAGCCCUCCACGAAGCUGUGCUCACCGGGAACCUGGCCUGUGUCAAGCUCCUGGUUAAAUACGGCGCCGACAUCCACCAGAGAGACGAGAACGGGUGGACGCCCCUGCACAUGGCCUGCAGCGACGGCUACGCCGACAUCGCCAGGUACCUCAUCUCUCUCGGGGCCAGCCCGGAGGCCACGACCCACAGCGGCGAGAAGCCCUCGGACCUCAUCGACCCCGAGUACCAGGACCUGGUGGAGCUCUUCGGGGCCACCACGAUGGGCUGAGGCGGAGCAGA